AUGUCGGCACCGCCGACGUCGGCCCCCUCAACAACUGCACCUGCAGCUAGAACAGAAGCUUCAUCUGCUUCUGCUCUCGCUUCUUCUCAGGCUCAGACUCAGGCUCAGGCUCAGGCUCAGGCUCAGGCUCAGACCAGAGAUAGCCCUGCAUCUAAGCGGAACGGCCACGAGGAUGAACCCUUUUCAUGGCUCGAGCGCCAUCCUUUCCCUAGGAACCCUCAUCCGAUCUUUGUCAUCAUUCUUGCUGGACCUGACGAGCAGCCGUUUGGUAUUCAGAAGGACUUCCUCUGCCAUCGCUCGCCCUACUUCAAGGAAUACUUUGCCGACAAGACACAGGAUGCAGUCGAGCACGUCGUCAAGCUGCCCGAGACCCCCACCGACGUCUUCGGCCUCGCGCAAAACUACAUGUUCACGGGAAAGGUCGGGACCGACUCCGAAUCCGGUCCUCGGCAGGAGCCCCCGGCAUACGAGGCACUCGUCGAUCUGUGGAAGCUGGGUCACAAGCUGAAGAUUGACGGCCUCUGCGAGAAGACGCUCACGGCCAUGAAGGAUUGCCGUCGGGUCACGAAGCGCAUCCCAUCGACACCGCUCCUCAUCCAGGUCUGGAAGGACACGCCCGAGGGAUCAGCCCUCCGCCAGCUUCUCCUGUCGUGGGCGGCCGAGUAUAUGAGAUCGUCAGUCUCCCGGGCAGAGUUUGCCAAGUCGCUGCCGCAGGAGGUCCUCAGCGAGCUUGUCGUCAAGAUGAGCUCGUUUGAGGAGCCCGCCGAGGACGAGUACGAGCGGGAGGAGGCGAACGAGACCGAUGCCCCCCAACGGGACCCGCUGCCCGGCGCCACUCCCGGCGGCAGCGCCAAGAAGAAUGUCCACUACCUCGAUACACCGAGCGACGAGGAGACGCUGGGAAGCAGCAGCAAGAGGAGCAGACACUCGACCGGCGGCAUCGUCACCCCCAGCGCCGGCGCCGGCGCCGGCGCCAGCAACAGCAGCAGCAGCAGCAGCAGCAGCCUGCAGGACCAGCGGGCCGCCUCCGUCGGCGGAAAGAGGCAGCAGCGUGCGCCACUGCCUAAGACGCAAAAGCGGCGGACGAGCGGUCAAUUCCUAGAUGGCAGGGCCUUUUCUACGGGACAGAAACUUGACUUCUGCGCAGACCUCUUGACGCGUAUGCUCUCGGGACCAGGCUUCUGGACACGCCUCGUGGGCCCCUUCAAGGAGCCGGUAGUGCCCAAGGAGGACGGCGUACCGGAUUACUUUGACAAGGUCAAGAAACCGAUGGACCUUAGCACGAUCAAGGGCAAAAUGGACCGAGCCGAGUACCGCGACGACGAAGAGUUCCUGAGCGACAUGCGUCAGAUUUUCGAGAACUGCUUCCUCUACUGGAACAAGGGCGACCCGAUGUGGCUUGCGGGGGAGAAGCUUCAAAAGACGUUUGAGGAGAAGUAUUCGGGAAUGAACAAGUGGAUCUCUAAGAUGGGAAAUGAUGAUGGUGAUUAG